AUGAGUGGAAUCGCAUCGACCUGUCUGUCUUGUCUGUCGGCAGUCGACCGCUGGUGUCAUAUAUCAGCAUGCCUCGGUCCUAUCGGGGCUCGCUCGCGAGAUGGGAUCUACGAAACUACUCUAGCUGAUAAUGAGCGAGAGGCCGUUUCAGACCUGCUGGGCUACUUGGAGAACCGCGCGGAGACCGACUUCUUCCACGGCGAGCCUCUCCGGGCAUUGAGCACCCUAGUUUACUCCGAAAAUGUGGACUUGCAACGAAGCGCCAGUUUAACCUUCGCGGAAAUCACAGAACGAGAUGUGCGCGAAGUCGACCGCGACACCCUUGAACCCAUCCUCUUCCUUUUACAGAGCUCGGAUAUUGAAGUACAACGGGCCGCCAGCGCGGCGCUCGGAAACCUUGCUGUCAAUGCCGAGAACAAGGUCUUGAUCGUGACCCUCGGGGGGCUGGCUCCCCUCAUUCGCCAAAUGAUGUCACCCAAUGUCGAGGUACAAUGCAACGCCGUCGGAUGUAUCACGAAUCUCGCGACACACGAAGAGAACAAGGCCAAGAUCGCCCGCUCCGGUGCCUUGGGUCCCCUCAUCCGCUUGGCCAAGUCGAAGGACAUGCGCGUUCAGCGUAAUGCAACGGGCGCAUUGCUUAACAUGACCCAUUCCGAACUAGAUGAUAACCGCCAACAACUCGUCAAUGCUGGCGCUAUCCCCGUGCUCGUGCAUCUCCUCUCAUCUCCCGACGUCGAUGUACAAUACUACUGCACAACAGCUCUCAGCAAUAUCGCCGUCGAUUCAACCAAUCGCAAGCGACUCGCGCAGACCGAGUCGCGCCUGGUACAAUCUUUGGUUCACCUGAUGGAUUCGUCCACUCCGAAAGUACAGUGUCAAGCAGCGCUCGCCCUCCGCAACCUCGCCUCGGACGAGAAAUACCAACUUGAAAUUGUCCGAGCGAAGGGUCUAUCCCCACUACUACGUCUCUUGCAAUCUUCCUACCUUCCUCUUAUCCUCUCCGCCGUCGCUUGUAUUCGCAACAUCUCUAUCCAUCCUCUUAAUGAAUCGCCCAUCAUCGAAGCAGGCUUCCUGAAGCCCUUGGUGGAUCUUUUGGGCUCCACCGACAAUGAAGAAAUUCAGUGUCACGCUAUAUCAACUCUUCGCAACCUCGCAGCAAGCUCCGAUCGUAACAAGGAGCUCGUUCUGCAAGCUGGAGCAGUUCAGAAGUGCAAGGACUUGGUCCUACGGGUCCCUCUUUCAGUGCAGUCUGAGAUGACUGCUGCAAUUGCUGUGCUGGCACUCAGCGAGGAACUGAAGCCGCAUCUGCUUAGCCUGGGAGUCUUCGAUGUCUUGAUUCCCCUGACGAAUUCUGACAGCAUCGAGGUGCAAGGUAACAGCGCGGCUGCUCUAGGAAACCUGUCCUCCAAAGUCGGCGAUUACAAUAUGUUCGUUCGAGACUGGGCAGACUCAAAUGGUGGCAUUCACGGCUACCUCCAUCGCUUCCUCGCGAGCGGCGAUCCAACCUUCCAGCACAUUGCAAUCUGGACUCUCCUCCAGUUACUUGAAUCCGAAGACAAAAAGCUCAUCGGAUACAUUUCCAGGUCUGAGGAUAUUGUCCAGCUGGUGAAGGUCAUCUCUGACAAGAACAUUGAAUCGGACGAGGAGGAUGUUGAUGACGGCGAGGGCGAAGUCAUUACCCUCGCUCGUCGCUGCCUUGAACUGCUUGGGGCAGGUCCUAAGCAAACCCUGGUGGAAGCUUAA